GCUGGUGGCCGCGCGGCUAUGGAGGCUGUGCCGUGCGCGGGGCACGGGUCCCUCUGCGUCCUGAAGACGGGCGUCCGUGAUGGCCCCAACCAGGGGAAGAGCUUCUACGUGUGCGGAGCGCAGGGCGCGGCGGCCUGCGGCUUCGUCCUGCCGACGCCUAUUCCUGCUUCUUAUUGUUUGAUCCAUGAGGGAAAUGUGGUGGAGCUGCAAGUCUUGAUUCAACAGCAGGACAAAGAUGACUACAAGCUAUUUUAUCGAUGCCUGAAGAGUAAAUUGAAUGGGAAGAAAUGGUGUGGAAGCAUCCCAUGGCAGGAUCCAAAAGCUACCAAAGCAUCAAAAAACUUAGAAUCACAGCCUACUUCAGUACUUCCUUUCAAUCUCAGUGGCCAACGAAAUCCAUUCAAAGUGAUAGACAAGAAUCGUGAGCCAUCAUCCUGGAAACAAAUGAAACAAGGCAUUGGAGAGGAAAGUAAAGCAAAAGGAGGGAAAACAGAGAAAGAGAGUGUACUGGUGUCAGAUAAAGAAAAGAAAUCAACCUCAGACUCCUCCAUAGAGAGAGAGCCUUUAGAAGGACAGAAAACUAAACAGAAACAAUCCAGAGGAAAUGAGAAUGGCUCAGAAUUUAAGGAAAGCAUGGUGUCUGAAUCUAAAUGUAGUCUGUCUGAGACCUGGAAAGCAAAAAAUGCCCCUUGGGAUGAAGGGAAAUAUGGUGGCAGUGGCAGGGUGUCUAAGAAGUCUUCUGAAUAUCUGGAAAAAGAGGCAGGUGGAAAAUCCAAGUCAUUUUCAAUAAGCCUUGGAAAUCAAAGCACAAGUGCCGAGUGCCCAAAGGAGGGACAGCUCAGAGAGAAAAACUUAAAAUGCUGUGGGGAUAAAGAAACCAAAGAGAGAAAAUGGAUUGGUGGGAAGAACGAAGAGUUGAAACCAAGGUUUGAAAAAAAUGCAGUUUCCCCAGCAGUACUGCAGCUAACAUUGCAACAUGCUCCCUCAAAGGGAGGAACAGGGGCAGAGGCAGCACCACCCAGAAUAAAAAUAAGGCCAGAGCUGGGACAGCCUGCUCAACAAGUGUCUCAUGGUGACAGUGAUGAAUCAGUACUUGUUUCUUCCACGUCAAGUAAAGGUGAACCUGAGAAACUGGUGCUGGAUUUGCAUCCAAGAGAGAUGCUUCCAGGAGCUUCAGGGAAGAGUAAUCAGGGGGCAUCUUUGCCAGGAACGGCAGCAUCACUUUAUACAGAAGGACCCCAGGACCCUAAAGCUCUUCACAACCAUCUUGUUGUGCAGCUGAGGCAGAAGAAGAGUACACUGGCUACAGUGAAUGUUCAGCUCCUACCAGAUAAAGGGAAACGGUUGUUAAAGCAAGUGCAGGAUUUGGAAGAUGCACUCAGUGCUCUUAACAUUUCAGCGAGAGACACUACGGAAGAAGGGGAGGAUAGUCCAAGGAGUGGCUGUCACAAGGAACCUUUGCCUGACCCAUUUGGCAGACCAGGUGGAACAAAGCUUGUAACGCCACUUCCACUGUGGGAUCCUACAGCAAGGGCCUCUUCAGGCUCAUGCAGUCACCCCUCUGCUACUGCUUCUUUGGGUUCCAGUGAAUAUUGCAGUCAUGGUUUUGGAAUGAACUCUGGCAUGCAGAAUCUGUAUGGGGGAAGAAUGACAGAAGACCGAAUCAGAGCUGUACACAGUGCUACAAGCGAGGCUAUUAAUCAUCUUCACAAAUCUCUAGAAUCCUGUCCAACAGAGCAGACAGUGGCUGAAGAUCCUUCUGGACUGAAGGUUCCCCUGCUGCCGCACCAAAAGCAAGCGCUUGCAUGGCUACUUUGGAGGGAGAACCAAAGCCCAUGUGGAGGAAUCCUGGCAGAUGACAUGGGCUUGGGGAAGACCCUAACAAUGAUUGCUCUCAUUCUGACUCAGAAGCUGAAGACUGAGAAAAGAAAGGAGAAGUUAGAAAUAUGGCUAUCCAAAAAUGAUUCCACUGUUAUCCCUUCCCACAGCACUUUAAUCAUCUGUCCUGCAUCCUUAAUUCACCACUGGAAGAAAGAGAUUGACAGACGUGUAGGCUAUGGCAAACUGAGGGUUUAUCUGUACCAUGGGCCAAACAGAGAUAAGCAUGCAGAGACGCUCUCUGAAUAUGAUGUUGUUGUCACAACCUACAGCAUUCUCUCCAAGGAGGUUCCCACAAGCAAAGAGGAGGGGGAAGUCCCUGCUGAGGACUUUGAUGUGGAGGGUGGGUCACAUCCUUGUUCACCUCUGCUCAGGGUAGCUUGGGCUCGAGUUAUAUUGGAUGAAGCUCACAAUAUUAAAAACCCAAAGGUUCAAACCUCUAUAGCUGUGUGCAAGCUGAGAGCCAGUGCCAGAUGGGCUGUGACUGGGACACCGAUACAGAACAACCUGUUGGAUGUGUACUCUCUGCUGAGGUUUCUGCGUUGCUCUCCUUUUGAUGAGUACAAGGUGUGGAAGUUCCAGGUAGAUAACAAUACAAAGAAGGGAGGAGAGAGGCUGAGCCUGUUAACCAGAAGCCUCUUAUUACGGAGAACUAAGGAACAGUUGGAUUCAGCUGGCAAGCCCUUGGUAUCUCUGCCCCAGCGUAGCACUCGGUUACAUCAGUUAAAACUUUCAGCAGAGGAGCAAUCGGUGUACAACGUGCUCUUUGCAAGAUCCAGAUCAACACUACAGUCCUAUCUAAAAAGACAAGAGCAGAAGAAUCAGUGCAGAGAGUAUUCUGAUGUUAACCCAUUUGAGAGAGUUGCACAGGAGUUUGGAGCCAGUCAAAAGGAACUCCUAGCAGGCUCCCAAAGUACCCCCCAGGUCUCAAGUACUGUUCACGUCUUGUCUAUGCUUUUAAGGCUCCGUCAGUGCUGCUGCCACCUCUCCUUACUGAAAAUGGCUUUGGACCAAGUUAACCUGACCAGUGAAGGCCUUUCCCUCUCCCUUGAGGAACAGCUUAGUGCUUUAACCCUGUCUGAGCUUCAGACUCCUGAUUCCAAGACAACUGUCUACCUCAAUGGCACAGCUUUUAAAACAGAUCUCUUUGAAAUCACCAGGGAGAGCACCAAGAUAGCUCACCUCUUGGCUGAACUGAAAACCAUCCAGAGUGGCUCAGAGUCUCAGAAAAGUGUUAUUGUGUCUCAGUGGACGAGUAUGCUGAAAGUUGUGGCUGUGCACCUCCAGCGACUAGGCCUGAAGUAUGCUACAGUGGAUGGCUCUGUCAAUCCUAAACAAAGAAUGGAUGUGGUAGAAGAGUUCAAUAACAAUCCUAAAGGGCCUCAGGUAAUGUUGAUCUCAUUGCUGGCUGGAGGUGUUGGUCUGAACUUGACUGGAGGAAACCACCUCUUUCUCCUUGACAUGCACUGGAAUCCAGCUCUUGAGGACCAGGCAUGUGACCGCAUUUACCGAGUGGGGCAGCGGAAGGAUGUUGUGAUACACAGGUUUGUCUGUAAAGAGACAGUGGAAGAAAAGAUAGUAGAACUCCAGACCAGGAAGAAAGAUCUCGCCCAGCAGGUGCUGUCAGGCAAAGGAGAGUCCUUCUCUAAACUCUCUCUGGCUGACCUCAAAAUUCUCUUUGGCAUCUAAUUUAUCCUUUACAACAGAAAUGGAAAGCAAUUUUGUACUUGGGAGUACCUGGGGAGACUUCAGCAAAGAACUGUUGUUUAAGGUGGUCCUUUAUUUUGAAAAUAACUUUUUUUAAAAAAAACUGUUUCAGGAAAGGAAGUUACUGACUUCUGGAAUUUUUUAAUACUGAAAUCAAAUAGUGU